AUGUACCAGGAGAGAAUGACUCCGAGAAAUGGCUCUUCAGUUACUGAGUUUAUCUUUGUGGGAUUAUCAGAAGAGCCAAUGCUCCAGCUUCCCCUCUUCCUCCUGUUCUUAGUGAUCUAUGUGUUCACUGUGGUGGGCAACUUGGGCUUAAUCACCCUAAUUGGAUUUAAUUCCAGCCUUCAUACCCCAAUGUACUUUUUCCUGUUCAACUUAUCCUUUAUAGAUCUUUGUUAUUCCUGUGUGUUUACCCCCAAAAUGUUGAGUGGUUUUGUCUCAGAAAAUAUUAUCUCUUAUGUGGGAUGCAUGACUCAACUUUUUUUCUUCUGUUUCUUUGUUAACUCUGAGUGCUAUGUCUUGGUGUCAAUGGCCUAUGACCGCUACGUGGCCAUCUGCAACCCUCUGCUAUAUGCAGUUACCAUGUCCCCAUGGAUCUGCUCCCUGUUGAUGCUUGGUUCAUACAUGAUAGGGCUUGCUGGGGCCAUGGCUCACACUGGAUGCAUGCUGAGAAUGACUUUCUGUGACUCCAACAUCAUUCACCAUUAUCUCUGUGAAGUUCUCCCCCUCCUGCAGCUCUCCUGCACCAGCACCUAUGUCAAUAAGUUUGUGUUCUUUACUGUUGUUGGCAUGGUCAUUACAGUGUCCACUAUCAUCAUCUUUAUCUCUUAUGCAUUGAUCCUCACUAGCAUUCUUAGGAUUCCUUCUGCUGAGGGUAGAUUCAAAGCUUUUGGCACAUGUGGGUCUCACCUAACUGCUGUUGCUCUGUUUUUUGGGUCAGGGGCAUUCACAUAUUUAACAACCUUUAUUCCCAAGUCAAUGGAAGAAGGGAAAUUUGCCUCUGUCUUUUACACCAAUGUGAUCCCCAUGCUUAAUCCAUUGAUCUAUAGUUUGAGGAAUAAAGAUGUUAAACUUGCCCUAGACAAAACCCUGAGGACAGUGCUCUUCUGA